AGCAGAGUCAGAGCUGGACUUCACCAGAGCGUCGCCCAAACCCAGAGCCAGCUUGAUCAUGACAAAGCGUCUCCAGAGCGCCUUCAUCCUGAUGAAUGUCCUCAUGCUGCUGCUGAUUCCUGCAGGUGCAGAGGAGGACGGACUCGGCCCAGAGGGGCGGCAGAAACGCGGGGUGCCAAACUGGGCGAUGACCUCCUCCGACUUCUUCGGCUGGGUGGAGGAGCUGAGGAAACACGCCGGCUACGACCAAAUCAAUGAUCUGGCCAGAACCUUCUGGGCCCACUUCCCCUCGGCGGACCGACUCGGAUACGGAACCCAUGAGGCAGACGAGUAGAACCACGAACAGAACAGCUCUGAGAAGCAGACAGCUGCGCUGUGCUCAGUUCAGAUCGUUGCUUUUAGGAAUUUAAAGGUUUGUUUGAGGAGAGAGAAAAGUUCCUCUGAGGCAGAAAGGCUUUGUGUCUGUCUGAAUGGCUGCAAACAAUAAAGCUGUUGAAGUCA